AACCCCCCCCCCCCCGGGGGAGUCCGAUGGUCUCGGCCCAGGUGUUACUGAAGGUGUUAGUGAAACUGCUUCAGUUUCGGCGCUUGGGACAGGAGCAAGCGGCUGGAGAGAUGACCGGCAGCCUCCUGGCUGCACUGGCUGUCUUGGCAGGUUUCUCUGCAGCGAUCCAGGUGACAGUUCCGGACUCCAUACGCUAUGCCAUUCUCUUCCAGCCCGUUGUUUUGAAGUGUAACUAUGACACGAGUGCCACGCAACCUCCUACUGUCAUCUGGAAGUACAAGUCCUUCUGCCGGGAUCGGGUGCUGGACGCUUUUAACCCCAGCAGCGCAGACAAUCAGAUCAAUGACCAAAUGCAACAAAUUGACCCAAACUAUAAUCCGUAUGUGAACUGUCCGGAUAACUCUCGCACUGUACGCAUUGUAGCGUCCAAACAGGGCAAAGCAGUGACACUGGACAACUAUUACCAGGGUCGGAAGAUAACCAUCAUCAAUGAUGCUGAUCUCAGUAUUGAACAGACAGCCUGGGGAGACAGUGGUGUUUAUUACUGCACUGUCACCGCAUUCCAGGAUCUCUCGGGUAACAAUGAGGGCUACGUAGAGCUGAUUGUCCUGGGUAGAACUGGAGGGACCUCUGACCUAUUGCCAGGUGUACAGAUAGGGAACAUGCCAGACUGGCUGUUUGUGGUGUUGGUGGUGCUAGGCUUCAUUAUCCUGUUGACACUGAUUGGAGUUUGUUGGUGCCAGUGCUGCCCUUACACUUGCUGCUGCUACCUGCGAUGUCCGUGUUGCCCUGAGAAAUGCUGCUGCCCAUGGGCACUUUAUCAUGCAGGUAAAGCAGCCACAGCCGGAGGCCCCAGCCUCUAUGCUCCGAGCUCCUAUGCUGCCAGUGCAUACUCUCACCCAAGCCAGGCCAAGAUGCAGCCCCCAUUGCCAGUCAUGGUGCCAAUGACCCAGUUUAAUGGGGGUUACGGAUCCGAUUAUGAUGGAGCGAGUUCAGUUGGAAACCACAGUCGUGUUCCCCUCCUACAAGAUCCGGACGCUCCGAGUUCUGUGCGAAGUGGAUACAGGAUUCAGGCCAAUCAGCAGAACGAUGACAUGCGGGUUCUGUAUUACGUGGAGAAGGAGCUCGCUCACUUCGACCCCAAGUCCCCAGGGGGACCCAAUUCCAGAUAUGAAAACACCUCGGCGAUCAGCGAGAUCUCCUCUUUGCACGAAGAUUACGGGGCGAGAACCAACCUGCCGGGCAACAUUAGCCGUGUUCGGAAGCAGCUGCUGCCAGCGAUAGAGGACGAGGAGGAAGGGAGCCUGGUGAGCAGCGUGUCCCGUUACACCCCAAGGCGCACACACGGCUGGGAUGACAGCGACCGGUAUUACCCCGGGCGGCACCAGCGCGCUCGGUCGAUGGAAAGCCUGGACGAUAUCGGCUGGCGAGAUCGAGACUACUCCCGGGGCCGGCAGGAUUUGGACCGUGGCUACGGAAGGCGGGAAUCGGAGAGCGAGGUUUCUAGCCGGGGUCACGCCCAGGAUCGGCGAGGGAGAGAUUAUUCCCCCGAGCGCCGGGGACAAUACCGGAAGCGAAGCCGCAGUCGGGAUGACCUGAGGGAGCUGGACAGAGGGCCCGAGCCUCCCCGGGGAGGAUACGACGAUUCCUUCCUGGAUGAGAUUCUGCGGAAGAAGAGGGGCCCAGGCCGCGAGGUGGACAGUAGCAGCUCCUCAACGGCGCGAUCGAGGAACCGGAGAGACGAGGAGCUCCCCCUCCCACCGCCGUCCACCGAGACUGAGUCAGUGUCGUCCAAGGGCAAGAACGAGAAGCGUCUGAGAAAGAACGAUGCUGUCAGCCGCGAGAGUUUGGUGGUUUAAUGGGUCGUCUCUUCAGACUGGGUCAGGGCGAACCCAGGAUCUCUGGGAACUGGAAGCAUUUCCCAAGUUUCAUGGGACUAAUUCAUAGGGAGCCAACUCCUUGUGAAUAAACCCAAAUCGCAUUGGAUUCAGAUUCACUUCCAUUCAGCCACAUUCCAGGGAAUUCAUCGGCAUCAACUCCUGAUCCCCCCAACCAUCGAUUGGUAUCAAGAUGCACUGCCUCUUCCUCCUAUUCCUCGUUGGCUUUAAUUCAUUCUGCUUCAUCUUAUAACGGCCUUUUUGGCAAAGUUGUAUUAUUUUGGAGAGUUUCUGGACGCAGGUUUCACAGGAAGUUUCCGGAAGCUUUUCCGAACUCGGCACCCAAACUUACUUCUGUCUAAAAUUCCCAAAUGAUUUACCUUCCGAGUUUCUACCGUGGGGAGUGUCCGGGGGUGAAGGGGAUGAGCAUUGGCCCCGCUUCUCUUUCCAGGAGAGCCCUCGAAGUCAGCGCCUGUUCAAACCCCGCUCUCCACAGCGUCUUACCCCACAACUUAGAGACUGGGGAUCCGUCGACUCUUAGCCACAAUCGCCGAUGAUUCUUCAUCUCCCGUUGUUUCUCGGAAGCAGAACGCAGAUGGAUUUUGUUCAGCGAUGUCCCAGCUUCGAAUCUCGCAGCCUGUCUGAAUUUCAAGCGGGCGGAUGAAUGGGGGCACAGGGAGAUCCCAUAGCUGUAAUGUUAUCCCACAGAUUGCCUGAUGCACACCAGCUGCUUUG